AUGAGUGAAGAGAAGGAAACAUUGCUGGAAGAAAUCGAACAGAGUUUACACCCUCUAACGGAGGAUAAUUUACGACACCUGUGUGAACGCUGUGGAAUAGAUGGCUCCCAAGUUAAAGGAAAGAACCAUCGCUCGUUGCGACGUAAAAUCAUGGAGGAAAUGUGGGAAAAUGCAGAUUCAGUCAAAUCGGAGGAGCAGGGAAUAUCUUGGUUACUCCGACUGAAAGAUGACAUCAGAAAAAUACAGGAAGAAUCUAGCGUGGCGCCCAUGAGUCCCAGCCAGUCUGAUGAUGAUGAUGAGGAUGAUGAUGGAGCUACAAACUGCGACGAAGAAUGGAACGUGGAGGACAAUGAUGGAGAUUCAGAUUCGAUGUCAUCAAGUAGGAACAAUGGGGACAACCCUAAUGGUCGCUCGCUCAGUGGGAGAGCCUUAUCAUCUGGGAAGGCUCCAGGGUUGAAAGUGAUCCAGCGACCUUACAGCUGUGAUGUAUGUGAGAAAAGUUUCCCACAUUUAGGAGACCUAAAAAGACACCAGAGAAUACACACAGGAGAGAAACCAUAUGGCUGUGAUCAAUGUGGGAAGAGUUUUCGUCAGCCAGGGCAACUGACGAAACACAAGCUAACACACACUGGAGAGAAAUCUUAUCGCUGUGAUCAAUGUGGGAAGAGUUUUGCUCGAGCUGAUACCAGGACUGAACACAAGCGAACACACACAGGAAGGAAAUCUUAUGUCUGUGAUCAAUGUGGGAAGGGUUUCACUACCUUAGGAGCACUGACUAUACACCAGAGAAUACACACAGGAGAGAAACCAUAUGUCUGCGCUGUAUGUGAAAAGAGUUUUCGUCAGUCAGGACAACUGACUAUACACAAGCGAACACACACGGGAGAGAAACCAUAUAACUGUGAUCAAUGUGAGAAGAGUUUUGCCGAAGCUGGUUCCCUGACUGAACACAGACGGACGCAUACAGGAGAGAAACCAUAUGUCUGUGAUCAAUGUGGGAAGAGUUUCACUACCUUAGGAACACUGACUAUACACCAGAGAAUUCACACAGGAGAGAAACCUUUUGUUUGUGCUCUAUGUGGAAAGAGUUUCCGUCAAACGGUACAACUGACAAGGCACAAGAGAACACACGCGGGAGAGAAAUCUUACAGAAGCUUUGAUCAAUGAGGGGAUUCAAUCAUCUCGCCUGGGUU